CGUUUAUAUUUAACUCUCUACGUGUUAACAUUGUCGUACAUACUUCAAACCAGGAAGAUUUAAACAUAUAUAAAUACACAGUACAAAUGAUGUUUUAAAGCAACCAUGAACCUGAAUUUAAGUUUUCUGAUAUUUGGAAUAUUCAUUUCGCUCUCAGAAGGUACAUCCACUAUUCAAGUACCAAGCGCUGGUAACUGUGGUGAUGAUACAGUUCUAACAUGUCAGGUUACUGGUAAUAUUGGCUUUACUGGCUGGUAUGGAAUAAACAGAGAUCUCGUAGCAAAUGGGGUUGCUGUAAGACCAGAGGACAACAACAAAUAUACAGACAGCAAAGGAACAUCAUCGUUCACAUUGACAAUACACAACACCAACAUUACCGAUGGAGGGGAUUAUAAAUGUAGGAAUGGAUUUGAUGAAAGUCAGUUAAAACGUCUAAAUAUAGAAUGUAAAGCAUCAUCAGCUACACACAGCGUUACAAGUGGAAAGGAAGUACAGAUAACAGUAGAUAAACUAUAUCCUGUCUCACCAAGACUUACUGCUACAUUUAAAAGACAGAAAAGCGCCAUACAGAUAUCAGGAUCUUCAGCAUGUUCAAGCAGUACACAGUAUACAGGCUACUAUAGAUGUGUGUGGACUUCUAGUAACUCUUUAGAUGAUGGGUCGUAUACAUACAGCAUUGUUGUUAUAACAAUCACACAAGCUGCUCCAAUAAAAGGAUCAUUUAAAAUAGCUUCACCUUCAACACCAUUGAUUUCAAAUGUUGUGCAGUUGAAUGCUAGUCGUAAAGUUGUUUACGGAAAUGAAGGACAAUCUCUGACAAUACAAUGUACUUCAACUGGAGGAUAUCCCUCACCAACGGUAACCUGGUAUAAGAAUAGUGUAUCUAGUUCUAAUCAGUUGUCCUCUACAAGUUCAGGGACAAUACAAAGUGACGGUACAUACACUGUCAACUUACAACAUACAUUUACACCUGCUACAUCAGAUGAUAGGAAAUAUUUGAUAUGUAGAUCGUACUAUCCUCAAGCUGAUAGUGCUCAAGUUGGAUCAAACAGCAAGUCUGUGUUAAUUUACCUAAGACUAAAGCCUAGCCAGCCAACAGUUACACAGACAUCUGUUGUACCAGCUGGUAGUACUGUAACGGUUAGAUGUACAACAAGCGGGUGUAGACCAGCAGCCAGUAUAUCCUGGUUAUAUCAAGGUAUGACGUUUAGUGGCAGUACAACAAACACAGCCGAUGCUGCAACAGAAACAUUUACAGUUUUUUCUACAUAUACCAGACAGGUGACAGCUUCAGAUAAUGGACAAAGUAUACAGUGUAUAGUUACUCAUCCUGCAUUAGUGAGUCCCGCACAACUGACUAGAUCAACAAAUUUAACUGUUCAAUUUUCAGCUGGACCAUCAACGACACAAAUAACAGGUAACAGAGAAAUGAUUGCUACAGGAUCCACACCAUUAACAUUGACAUGUACAACAGGAUCAUCAAAUCCUGCGUCUGAUAUAACAUGGAGAAACGGAUCACAAACACUUAAAAGUAAUCGUCCAUAUACGACAUCUACAGGAGUAAAUAAUGGAGUAGUGAGGUCACAACAACUUAUACUGUAUCCAACACGAUAUAUGGACGGUGAUGAUAUUACAUGUUCCGUGUCUAACAGUGUGUCACAGUCACCUGUUGUUGAUAAGAUAAAAGUCAAUUUGAAAUACCGCCCAUUAAUUAAGCCAAUGUCAGAUGUUAUUGUUGUUGAGGGAAAUAACACUCAGCUAAAAUGUUCUGCAUCUAGUAAACCAGCUUCAACAUUCAAAUGGUACAAACAAGGACAAGAACACAAAGUCUUUUUUCUUUUACAUCAGGGAACUGGGACAAUGGAGAAUAAUAAAUUAUCAUAUCCUUUAACAAAUGUGAGAAGAGGUGAUGCUGCAACAUAUACAUGUAUUGCCAAUAAUAGAAUAGAAAAUGCUGACAUCAAAAACGUUCGCCUUACAGUAUAUUAUCCUCCAGAUGUCUCGGCAACAACAACAAACACAACAAUUAAUGCUGCAAAAGUCAUUGUUACAUGUAACGCACAUGGUGUACCAAACAGUAGUUAUACAUACGGUAAAUGGGUUCAAACAUGGCCAGGAUACAAUACACCUAUAACAGAACAUAGUGGAAGUGAGAGACUAGAGCUUACAGGUUUAACAUAUGAACACUCUGGAAUAUACACAUGUACAGCUAGUAAUGGAAUUAAAGUAUUUGGCACAAACCAGGAAUAUAUGGAAGGAUCAGUACAAUUAGUUGUCAAAUCGUUUCCAAUCAUAACUAACUUUAGUAAAAUUACAUCAUCAAAGCUCAUGGAAAAUGCCACUGUAGACGUUUACUAUUUCUCAAAUGCAGCAGGAUCUAAUGUUAAGAUAUAUAGAAAUAAGAAUGGAGUGAGACUGGAAGAUGUUAGAUACAAUGUAACAGAGACAAAUGUACAAGUAAAUUUGAAAGUGUUUGGAAAUACCAUAAGAACAGCAGGAGUCAGGGCUAGGAUUUUAGUUCAUAUACAAACAAAAGAUGACACAGAAAGCUAUGAUGCUGUUGUGACAAAUGAAAUAAACUCUACUGUACGAUCAUUUGAAAUAGUGACAAAAGAUAUUCCAGCAGUCCCAAUGGAGUUUUAUUACUUUGGAAGAUGUACUGGUGUCGAUAUGUUCAUCUUCCAUGGUGGAUCUAAUGGUGGAUCACUUCAAACAUUUGUCAUAGAAACUCAGAUUAAGGGAACAAAUAUUUGGACCGAGCAACUGAGGUUUAAUGAAACAAAUGUAAGAUAUCUUCAAAAUGAACAAAUGCUAUAUAGGUUUGACAUCAAAGGAUUGCCGCCAGGCGUGUAUGACAUAAGAGUUUUAGCUGGAAACAAUGCCGGAUGGAUAGCUACAGACUUAGCUCCUAUGAUUGAAUUUACAGUCUAUGAACUAGAAAAAGAACAAUUACAACAACAACAAUCUGAUCACAAAGCAGUUAUAGUGGGAGGCUCGUUAUCUUUUGUAAUUGUGGGCAUACUUGUCGCCGGCGUCUUCAUAUUCAGGAAGAUGACAUAUGAACACGCAGAUAAGAAGACGUCAGAAAAUAGGAAGAGUUCUACAUAUGACAGUCUUCACACCCAACAAGGGGCUGGCACUACAUACUCUACUUUAACAAUUGGAACAGAUAGGAAGACGUCAGAAAAUACGGAGAGUUCUACAUAUUACAGUCUUCACACCCAACCAGGAGCUGGCACUACAUACUCCACUUUAACAAUUGAAACAGGUUCCAAAGGAGCGCCACAAGAUAAAAUGUAUGAAAAUCUAAAAACACAAUCUGCGCAUGACACAUCGCAAAUGUAAUGAAAGAGAAGCAGGGCAAACAAUCAAAAAAAGAUUAUUCGAAUUUUCCUUCCACGUUUUUAUGAUAGAAUGCUGAAAAUUGAUAUAUCGAGGAUGUAAAACAUCUUAUAAGAUAUAGAAGUUAUAAUGCCCAUGAACGUUAAGUUAAUUUUAAUGUAAAUUAAUUAAAACAUAUUAACGAGAAUGCUUAAUAAUGUUUUGCCAUUUAACUAGGAUUUGUUUGUUAUUAAUUUAAAACACUAUGAUAAAUCAAAAACAAUUCUUCUUCAAAUUUUAUUUUUAUACAACAUGCUUAUGGUGAGCUAUUAUGACCCUCGACCGUCCGUCGUCGUGCGUCAUGUGUCGUCAACAAUUUCUUAAACAUCUCUGAAACCAAUGACUACUUUACAGGAAUGAUCCUUUGAUGGUCCUGUUUUCAAAGUUGUUCAAGUGGUUCCGGUCUGUUUCCCAUUAGACGUAAAUAAAUAUUAUUACUAUCUAUAACAUGUAUCUGUUUCUUAACUUUUUGAAGGAAAAAUUACUGCAAAUAUUCCUUUUUUAUUUUUGUGACAUGUGUUUCAAAAAUUUUAGUUUAAGUAUUUGUUUUAAUUCAAAAAUAUUUUCUUAUGCCCCAAAACCAAAGAUUAUGACGGGAAAAAAAUUAAAAAUGCUAUUUCUUACGCCCUUUCUUUGCAAUUCAAUAAUAUUUAGACUUAUUUCACAGAAAACAAGCGAAAUGUGUUUUUUGGAAAUUCCCAUUGAAUCAUAAUUCUGGGAUAUGCUGUUUUAAUAUUAAGUUGACUCUACAAUUAUCAAUAUUAUUAUUUACAUGUGAGCAAAAAAUAGAUAAAUAUACAUUAUAUGAAUGUGUGUAUAUGUUUAAAUAUCUAUGAUUUUUAUACUGUAACCAUGAAUCUUCUGUAAUAGUUUAUAUUGUAAAUAUUUUACUUGUUCCAUUAUUAUUGUAUAAUUUGCAAAAAGUGUGCUCUUCUUUUGGAUGAAAUAAGGAUAAUAUUAUAUUAUUUGUGACUACUUUGUAGAUUUACAUAUGUUUCUAAUUACAAAUGUCAGCCAUUGCUGGAAAUACAAUUCUAUAAUGGUGAAAGAUUAAGAGAAUUCAAAACAACUUAUUAGCUGCAUGCUUCUUUAUGAGCCUACUUAUUGUAAGAAAAUCAAAAAUGAGAAAAACAUUCACCAAGAUUUAAGAACAAAUAAAGAUAUAUAUACUUGCCACCAGUUGCCCAUGUGGGCGAGCCCUCCCGAAGAGUAUUAGCCAUUUUUUUAUUUUGGAGAACAGUGCAAGAUACAGAUAUACUACAAAUAUAUUCUAAGUCAACAAAACUCAUGCAGAAUUUUCUAAUUCUAAUUCAUUCUAAUUCUAAAAAUAAUAAAGAUUUGAGAUUUUAAAAACAAAUAACCAAAUUAUUCGGUUCAUUUCGUUAAUUUUUGUAGUUAUUCAUACUUUGUUGACGCUAAAAAAUAGAAUUUGUUUAGAAUAGUGUAACAACAGGUACAGUGCUGUGUCUCGGGGAAAUACAGCACCUCCCGGGGUGUACAGAUUGUAAAUAAUACAUUGGUUUGUCAAAAACAGUAAAAAUAUCAUCCCGAGUAAAAUACUGUUACACGAGACGAGGGAUAAUAUUUUUGCUGUUACUCACAAACCUAUGUGUUAUAAAUAAAAACAAAUAGUUCAUCAGGACACUGUGUAUGUAGGUUUAUAUUUUUAAGAGUUUUACUCAUGUAACAUUGUACGCUUGAAUCAACAGUAAGAAUAACUGGCUUAUAUAACAUUGCAAAAAUAGUAAGGGGUAUUAAAAGACAGGCAUGUGUUAUCUUAAUGUUCUUACAUCGAGCCAAGAUUCUGCGUGUUGUUUCUUUCAAGGCCCUCCUCUAUUUCCAGACAUACUAUCCUGACCAGAACUUUGUCCAAACCACCAAUUACGAGACUGGUAAACUCAACAUCUGCCAGUUAUACCAAUAUCGUAUCAUUCUACAUGUCUACAGUCGUUAACAUAUUAAUUUAUUUGUUUCAUACCUUAGUAUAAGGGCAAGUUGAUUUUUUUAAGUUUAUGUUAAGUGCUUUGAUUGAGUGGUUAAAUGUUGAAGUAAUAAGAAAUGUAUCUGUAUAUAUGUAUAUAAAGCAGUUGAGAUAAGAAGAUGUAGAUAUAAUAUUUAGAUAGUAUAUUGUGUAACAUUCUUUAUUUAUUGACUGCCUAUGGUUGUACUGCUGCAUAUACAACGAAAAAAACAUACAUAUUCAUAUUUUCAACGAAUAAGUUUGUGUUUAACUUUAUGAGUAGUUUAACAUUUAAUUGUUGAUUUUAUCAUGGCUUUAAUUAAAUUCCUGGCUGCAUAUAAAACGUCAAAUGGCAUAUAAAUAUUUCUCUACAAGUUAAAGCAGCAGUACUUCCAUGUAUUUGUAAAUAGAAAAUUUUACGUACGUAUGUACCGACAUGAUAGAAAUUUGUUUAAUAUAUACAAAUAAUACCUAAAAAUAAGAAGAUGCAAAAUAAUGUUUUAUACUUAGUUUAUAUUUUAUAUCAAUCUUAAGAAACAUUUAAGAUUCAAUUAUGAACAAAAACAGAUAUUUUCAAAAGAUACACAAUUUUAAGAAAAACACAACUAUUCGUUUUUUUAUUGUUCUAGUCUCACUCUCAGACAUAUUCCUUUGAAAUAUAAGGGAAGUAAUUACGAAUCAAAUGCAUUAAAAUGUAAGAGAAGUGUAUCCUGUUUGUUUGCAUCUUAUUAUUUUUACAUAUACUUUGUUAACUAUAUUGACACAUUUAUUAUUGACUAUGCCAAUAUCAAUUUAUAUGUGUUUAUACCAAAAAAUGUACUAUGACCUAUAAUGGCUUUGUCAAUUGUGUAUUGUGAGAUUUAUGAAAGAAUAAAGCUUCUUCUUCUUCAGAG